CGGGAGACACGGCCUAGGCGGCCAUGCAAUAAGGGCAAGCGAGAUCGAUGCUUGUAUCUCUCCGGCAGUAUGUCCCUGCUGGACUACUGGGAUACCCAGCGCCCGAAUGCGAAGCGCAGAAAAACUACUUCCGCUGACGAUAAGCUCGCUACCCCGACUAUAAAAUUUGCGGGAGGGGAUUCGGACAACACUCCUGAGUCGUCGUCGGAGUCGUCGUCGUCGUCUGAUGCCCCCCUGUCGAAAGACGCCGGGGUACCAACUCUCGACCGGGUUGACUCUUAUCCUAUCAUAGCCGAGUCUGGAAUUGAACAUGAGAACGACUUUCCGGUGUCGAAUAGCCAAACGGAGUUGGAAUCGUCCCUGCCGGCCGUGCAGGAUGAUAGCCAGGCAAUUGAGGAAUACGAGGCUGCGCGACUGGCAAGCCAGGAUGAGCCCGACCUUCACCAGAGACUGCAGGAUGGCAAGUGGCGCAAGGGGCGAAGCUCCAUCUACGUAGAUGCGUUCAACCUGGCGCUGGAGACUGUGCUGGAUGAGGAGGCGCAUCUGUUCGAUGAGGUGGAGAUGGAAGUCUUCAAGCAGUGGCGGGAGCUGGACUACGAGGCUCAGUACUUAUACGUACGCCUCUUCCUUCGGAAGACGUCCGCCUGGCAUCGCAUCAACCGGCUGGGCUACUACUCGGAUAUCGCAGACAUGCCCCGGGUGGUAGCCUCGCUGCGACAUCCUCGCAGCCUUCCUACCUCCUCCUGCGCGUUACCCACGGGUGAAACCCCCGCGGAUAUCGACCCAGCGCCUUCGCUACGCCUGACGGGCGAGUUCAGAUUCGCCGAGCACAUGGAUCAGAUAACAACCCUCGAGGAAGCCUCGUCCUUGCUACUCCUUGAUGAGCUGAAGAUGCUCGCCAAGGAAGCUAAGGUGCAGGGCAAGAGCAAGAAUGAACUCAUUGCCGCUCUGCACCGAUCCAGUCAGAAACAGACCGGUCUGGGCUGGAACAGUACACCUAGCACGACAGUAUCCAACGGUCUCAACCGAGACGACCACUUCAUGCAGAAGAUCUUCGAUCACACGGGCGACUGUAUCAGGCUCUCAGCAGGCCCACUCGCCCUGUUCGAGCGCGUCCACCUGGUCUUCUACCGCUCCACCGAAUGGACCGAAAAGUCCCUCACAACCAUCAUCCUCGCCAAGAUCUCCCGCAAGAAAUUCCCGGACUACAUCGUGUGCCGGUCCAGCUCCAUCUUCCCGACCCGCGCGUUCCUGCUCGAGUUCGAGAUCGCCCUGCGCACGCAGUUCCAGAUCGACAACCUGCUCGAGUUCAGCGGCACCCCCACGGUCGAACACCUGACCCGAAUCAAAGACCUCGCGUACAAGGUCUACCCGCGGUGGCGCGCCCUGCUGGCGGAGGAGCAGCGCAAGGAGGAGACCAUCUACGAGUACGGCGAGGGGGCGUACCUCCGCCGGUUCUCGCCCGCAUGGGUCUACACGCGGAUCAUCCACAAGGGUCUGCACCCGCUCGGACGCUUCAAAGAACACCGGGAGGAGCAUCGCCUCCUGACCGAGCUGCUCGACCAGCGCUUGUUCCACGCCGCCCGCCGCGGGGCCUGGUACCAGCGCAAGGCCCUGCUGGAGGAACACUACAUGUGGGCCCUGACCCCCGCCGAGGGGCGCAGCGAGGACGGCCAGCGGAAACACUGGCGGCGGAUCGCGCUGCGGACGUGCGAGGCGGGGCUCGAGGACCCCCACUGCCACCUGAUCUUCCACUACGACCUCCAGAAACGCAUCCUGAAGCUCGAGCGCGCCCUGAAGGUCGUGAAGCGCGAGCAGCAUGAUUUCGGGCACGUGCGGCUGGCGAAGCCCGCCGAGCGCACCAUCGCAGGCAUCCAGAUCGUCGAGCCGGAGUCAGUGUCUGACACCACGGAUCCGCCGUCCGCCGCUGCCAACGGCAACGGCAACAGCAACAGCACCCGGCGCGGCCGUCCCACCGUCUGGGUCGACGAGCGCGAAGGCGGCGAAUGCCGCGUCGAGACCAUGUGUCUGAACUGGUACCGGGCCCAAGGGUGGAAAGGCUACCACUCGGAAGGAGGGAUCAUAAGAACCUUGUUCAGCUACCUCUUCUACGACAUCCUGUUCACGACCUACGUCCCCAACGUCUUCCAGACCCCCUACCAGACCUCCCCGCUCGACCUCCACACCGACGCCUUCUACCCGACCCGCGCCAGCGAGAUCAACCACCGCCUCGCCGAGCUGACCACCGCCGGCGCCGCCGAGCGCCUCCUGCGCGCCGUCCACGCCCGCGAGUCCCCCACGCAGACCUGCGCCGUCGGCCUGGACUGGUCCUUCGCCCUCGACGACCUCGUCGCCCUCGUCCGCUGUUUUCCGGGCGACGCCCUCGCGGCCAUCUGUCAGGUGCUCGCGCAGGAGUAUUCGGUGCGCGGGGGCGGGGUGCCGGAUUUGUUGGUUUGGAGGGUUUUCGACGAUGCUGACGAUGUCGCUGUUGCUGCUGGUGGUGGUGGUGAAGAAGAAGAGGAGGGGAGUAGCGGGGUUGGGGUUGGGGGUGUGGCGCAGCGGAAAGGGCAGUUUGGGGAGGUGAUGUUCGUGGAGGUCAAGUCGGAGAAUGAUCGGUUGAGCGAUACGCAGCGGUUGUGGAUUCAUGUGCUGUCUGGGGCUGGGGUGCGGGUCGAGUUGUGUAAUGCUGUUGCGAGGGAGGUGAGGGUUGCGGGGUCUUGAUUCUAUCCAAGGGUUUAUAAGGGCGUUGGGUGGAGUAAGCUUGGUUGUUGGUAUAUCGAUAGCUGCGUGAUGCAUAUAUGUAUGGAUAGAUGUUGGAUAUACCAUGUACAGUAGUCUUGCACAUUUGGACAGAUACACUACGUCUCAAGAGAACAAUUUACACAUCUA